UGUCUAACAACAACAUCACUUCGUUUCCCUUCAACGAUUUGUCAACUCACCGACUUGAUCUUGAACUUGCCAAUAACAGACUGACAACUCUUUCGUCUACUGCAUAUGACGUGCUUAUGUCAAUGUCUUAUGUCAAGAUUUACAACAACCCCUGGCUUUGUGACUGUAGGAUGGUGGACUUUAGGUUGAGGAUGACUGGAUUUUAUCCCUUUGAAGAUCAGAUCAAUUGUACCCAACCUGACCACCUUUAUGGGCAGAAACUUAAAGACAUAAAUCCUGAAAAUCUUUUUUCUGACUGUGUUGAACCGACAAUUGUAAGAUUUCAGAGGGCUACCAAAAACACAGUGGUGCAGGGUGAAACACUCCAGUUAGUUUGUGAAGCUUCAGGAAUCCCCACGCCAGACAUCACAGUCACUCUUCCAUCUGGAAUGAAUGCAUCUACGUAUAUAGAUCGGAGGGUGACAGUGAGCAAGAAUGGUACCAUAACCGUUAGAGACAUUACUGCAGCAGACACUGGUCUGUACGUUUGUAUUGCAGCAAAUUCUGUCGGCGCAACAAAUGCCAUACUGCAUGUAGAUGUAACCUAUAAAGAGCCGACCAUUGUCAGGUUUGAAAUGAAUAAUUGUAACAAUUCGAUGUUAAAAGGGGAGGCUCUCUGUUUGAUCUGCGAAGCUUCAGGAAUCCCCACACCAGAAAUUACCGUCCUGCUUCCAUCGGGAUUGAACACAACUGUUGAUUCAGAUCGGAGGGUGACUGUCAGCAAGAAUGGUACUAUAACUGUAAGAUACAUCACUACAGCAGACACUGUCACCCUUCCAUCUGGGCUGAAUACAACUGCUGAGUCAGGUGGGAGGGUGAUUGUGGAUUUGGAUGGUACUAUCAUCGUACGUAAUGUCACUACAUCAGAUUCUGGUCUGUACGUUUGCGUUGCAGCUAGUCUUGUUGGCUUCACAUUUGCCACACUGGUCGUAGAUUUGUCAACAGUUCCCGGGAAUAAGACUGUCUCGCCUACCUUCUCCCUACCUGUACUCAUUGGUGCUAUCUGUGGCUCAGUAGCAGGUACUCUCCUAAUUUUCGGCAUCAUUUUUACAAUCUGGUGCAGGAAAAAAAACAAUAGUCCUUCCGAACGCCCGGAUCAGAGAGUCGUUUUUAACAACACCAAUGAUACAGCUGUGAUCACCAGCGUUCAGGCAGGACCGAUGCUGCCCCAAAGUUUCCAAUACCCUCAACAUUUUUCAGAGUCGGCUGCCUCGCUCCCUGAAGAGUACGAAACUAUGGCUCCUCUCCAUGGAGGCACUGACGAGCGCCCCCCUCUCCCCAUCCCUUCCCGCAGUGCAGAUGGCUACCAAUCUCUGAGGCAGACAGAUACCGAGUCUGCCUAUGACUAUGAAACCCCGCACGACUACCUGUCUAUCAUAGAAACCUAGAGAAAUAAGCAUCAAAUGAUCGUCACUGAUCCAUCCUAAACAUUGACAAGCUAGAUACAGCCACAUUUUAAAUGCGGAAGACCAAACUUUAACAUAAGAUAGAAAUAUCAAUAUAUGAUGCACUCGCUUAAGAUUUAAAACAAUCCAGAACAAAGGGUUCAAGGGCAAAUUCCAAAAAAUGUCAAAGUCGGCAUUACGUUAGUAUCAUCUUUUACAUUUCAGGCCAGUCUGAAUAUCAUACAGCUGAAAACUAAGCUCAAUGUAGAAGGUUACACAUAGUCAACAAGUAUUUGUUCUAUUUUGUAGUAUCUUAGUAUCAUUAUGUAGACAGAUUAUUAAUUUCUCACCACAUGGUUGUAUGCACAAACCGCUCCCUAUGUACAUAAAUAACUUUUCUUAUGUCACCAGUUGACUUUUAUAGAGUAGUAGAGACUGU